UCAAAACCCCAUACUUUUUUGCACUCUUUUUUGUCUGCUAAAAAACCCUUCUCCAUCCCCGAUGGAUUCUUUCACUGAUUCUCUCAACUUUACCAUUUUUGGGCGCGUAGCUAUCCCCCUGAGCUCUCUUUUAGCAAAUUUUUUCCCUCAGGAACUAAGCUGAUUGAUCUGCAAUUUCACUCCCAAUUGGCUUAAUUAUGGCUUCGGCAUCACCGACAUCGAUUGAGCUCAAAUUUCUGAGCUAGAAGUUUUCUGGGUCUGUUUCUGUUUGGUUUAAUUUUUCUCUGAGUAAGCUUUUAGGGGUAGAAGAUCAGCAGAAGUGUAGGAAAUGAAAGUGCCCUGUUGUUCUGUGUGCCAAAAUCGGUACAACGAGGAAGAUAGACUACCGCUUUUACUUCACUGCGGCCAUGGUUUCUGUGCGGAUUGUAUGUUUCAGAUGUUCUCAACUUCGCCCGACUCGAGGCUGUCGUGUCCGAGAUGUCGCCACGUCUCGAUGGUCGGGAACUCCAUCCAAGCGCUGCGCAAGAACUUUGCGGUGCUUGCAUUGAUCCACUCCAGCUCGAAGACGGCGGUGGCAGCAUCGGAAUUCGACUGCGAUUACACGGAUGAUGAGGAUGAUGAUGAAACCGGUGAUGGUGAGGUGAAUGUCGAUGAGGAAUCGCUCUCUCGCCGCCGAGGUAGUCAUGCGUCGACAUCGGGAGGAUGCGGGCCGGUUAUUGAUGUGGGAGUACAUAAAGAUUUGAAGCUACUGCGACGGAUAUUGGGUGCUUGAGCAACUUGAGAGUUUGCGGCGGGCAUCGAUGUGGUGUAGGAAUGUUUGUACAUUUCAUGGGGCAAUGGAAAUGGAUGGCUCCUUGUAUCUAGUUAUGGAUAGGUGUUACGGGUCUGUUCAAUCUAAGAUGCAGCAAAACGAGGGGCGACUGACAUUGGAGCAAAUACUGAGGUAUGGUGCUGACGUUGCAAGAGGUGUAGCUGAACUGCAUGCUGCCGGUGUUGUAUGUAUGAAUAUAAAACCAUCAAACCUUCUCUUGGAUGCUAGUGGUCAUGCAGUGGUUUCUGAUUAUGGACUUGCUGCUAUACUAAAGAAGCCUCUGUGCUCAAAAGCUAGAUCAGAUUGUGAUUCAUCGAAGAUGCACUUGUGCAUGGAAUGCGCAAUGCUUAGUCCACACUACGUUGCUCCUGAAGCAUGGGAGCCUGUUAAGAAGUCGCUGAAUUUGUUCUGGGAUGAUGGGCUUGGUAUGUCUAUAGAGUCAGAUGCUUGGAGUUUUGCCUGUACGUUGGUGGAAAUGUGUACUGGUUCUAUCCCGUGGUCUAGUUUAUGCACAGAUGAAAUUUACCGAGCUGUUGUAAAGGCUAAGAAACUACCUCCACAAUAUGCAAGUAUUGUAGGUGCUGGCAUACCUAGGGAAUUGUGGAAAAUGAUCGGUGACUGCCUGCAGUUCAAGGCUUUGAAAAGGCCGACAUUCAACACAAUGCUAACAACAUUUUUUCGCAAUUUGCAAGAGAUUCCGCAAAGCCCUUAUGCAAGUCCUGAUAAUGACUUAGCUAAAUGCUCUGGACCCUCUAUCCCAGAAACUGAAACCUCUCUCACGUCUGAUUCAGAAGUUUUUCGUUAUAACUCCAGUCAUCUACACCGCCUUGUGUUUGAUGGAGACUUCAGUGGUGUUAGAGAUCUACUUAUAAAAGCUGCAUCGGGAAACUGUAGCAGCUCAAUCUCUGAACUGUUAGAAGCUCAAAAUGAUGAUGGUCAAACAGCUCUCCACUUGGCCUGUCAACGUGGUUUUUCUGAAAUUGUAGAGGCUAUUUUGGAGUUCAGGGAGGCUAAGGUUGACAUUUUGGAUAAAGAUGGAGAUACUCCGCUAGUGUUUGCUUUAGCUGCAGGAUCCCCAGAAUGUGUUCGGGUUCUCAUUGAAAGAGGUGCUGAUGUUAGUUCUAGGUUGAGGGACGGGUUCGGCCCAUCUGUUGCUCAUGUCUGUGCCUACCACGGCCAACCUGAUUGCAUGCGUGAGUUACUGUUGGCUGGAGCUGAUCCAAAUGUAGUUGAUGAUGAAGGUGAAUCAGUCCUGCACAGAGCAGUCACCAAAAAAUGUUCGGAUUGCGCUCUGGUCAUUUUGGAAAAUGGAGGAUGUAGAUCAAUGGCUUUAUUGAAUUCAAAAAAUCUUACACCCUUGCACAUAUGUGUGUCAGCCUGUAACGUCGCUGUUGUUAAAAGGUGGAUGGAAAUUGCAACUUGUGAAGAGAUUGCAGAGGCGGUUGAAAUACCAAGCCCGGCUGGAACUGCAUUGUGUAUGGCUGCUGCCCUGAAAAAAGAUCAUGAAAGUGAGGGAAGAAGUCUAGUAAAGCUAUUGCUUCAUGCUGGAGCAGAUCCAGCUGGUCAGGAUACCCAGCAUGGACGAACAGCUCUUCAUACUGCCGCUAUGGUUAAUGAUAUUGAAUUGGUCAAGAUUAUCCUUAAUGCGGGGGUUGAUGUCAACAUCUGCAAUGUGCACAAUACAAUACCCCUUCAUGUAGCCUUAGCCAGAGGAGCGAACUCGUGUGUUGGAUUGCUCCUGGCUUCUGGGGCAAAUUACAAUUUGCAGGAUGAUGAAGGCGACAAUGCGUUCCAUAUUGCAGCUGAUGCAGCCAAAAUGAUACGUGAAAAUCUUCAGUGGCUCAUUGUGAUGCUUAGGAACGCAGAUGCUGCUGUUGAAGUCAGAAAUCACAGUGGCAAGACAUUGCGUGAUUUCUUAGAGGCCCUUCCUCGGGAAUGGAUUUCUGAAGAACUGUUGGAGGCAUUGGUCCAUAGGAGCAUUCAUCUGUCACCUACAAUAUUCGAAAUUGGUGAUUGGAUAAAAUUCAAAAGAAUGAUUGCAACUCCUACUUAUGGUUGGCAAGGUGCAAAGCAUAAGAGCGUUGGUUUUGUGCAAAGCAUCCUGGACAAGGACAACCUAAUGGUCUCAUUUUGCUCUGGAGAAGUGCACGUGUUAGCAAAUGAAGUUAUAAAAGUCAUCCCGCUGGAUAGAGGACAGCAUGUCCAACUUAAAAAAGAUGUAAAAGAGCCCAGGUUUGGAUGGCGGGGACAAUCACAUGACAGCAUUGGCACUGUUUUAUGCGUAGAUGAUGAUGGGAUCCUCCGUGUUGGAUUUCCUGGAGCAUCCAGAGGAUGGAAAGCUGAUCCUGCGGAAAUGGAAAGAGUUCAAGAAUUUAAGGUUGGGGACUGGGUUCGCAUCCGUCCCACUCUCACAACAGCAAAGCAUGGGUUAGGAUCUGUAACACCAGGGAGCAUCGGUAUUGUUUACUGCAACAGACCUGAUGGUAGCCUAUUGUUGGAAUUAAGCUAUCUUCCAAAUCCAUGGCUUUGUGAACCAGAGGAGGUUGAACCUGUCAUUCCUUUUAGGAUUGGAGAUCAGGUGUGUGUUAAGCGCUCUGUUGCAGAACCUCGAUAUGCUUGGGGUGGUGAGACCCAUCAUAGCAUUGGAAGAAUUAGUGAAAUAGCGAGUGAUGGCCUCCUCAUUAUUGAUAUACCAAAUCGUCCAAUUCCUUGGCAAGCCGAUCCUUCUGACGUGGAAAAGGUGGAUGAUUUUAAGGUCGGUGACUGGGUUAGAGUGAAAGCUUCAGUGUCAUCUCCAAAAUAUGGGUGGGAGGAUAUCUCAAGGAACAGCAUUGGAGUUAUUCAUACGUUGAAGGAAGACGUCGAGAUGGGAAUUGCCUUCUGCUUCAGGAGCAAGCUUUUUUGUUGCUCAUUGACUGAUGUCGAGAAGGUGCCUCCUUUUGAAGUAGGUCAAGAAAUACAUAUAAUGUCUUCUGUCGCUCAACCACGUCUUGGAUGGUCAAAUGAAAGCCCUGCUACAGUUGGAAAAAUAGCUAGAGUUGACAUGGAUGGGGCAUUGAAUGUCAAGGUGGCUGGGAGACAGAGUUUGUGGAAAGUUUGUCCGGGGGAUGCAGAACAACUUUCAGGAUUUGAAGUCGGUGAUUGGGUACGUUCAAAGCGUAAUACUGGAAAUAGGCCUACUUAUGACUGGAAUAUUGCUGGAAGAGAUGGUUUUGCAGUGGUGCAUAGUGUACAGGAAAGUUUGUUCCUUGAGUUAGCUUGCUGUACUCGUAGAACCAGGUGGCUUGCUCAUGCUUCAGAUGUUGAGAAGGUUCCGUGCUACAAAGUUGGGCAGUAUGUUCGAUUUCGCCCUGGAAUGUCUGAGCCAAUGUGGGGUUGGAGAGGGGCUCAAUCUGAUUCACGGGGUAUAAUAACUAGUGUGCAUUCUGAUGGUGAAGUUAGGGUCGUAUUCUUCGGUGUCCCCGGGCUGUGGAGGGGCGAUCCUGCAGAUCUCGAGAUAGAAGAAAUGUUUGAGGCAGGAGAGUGGGUUAGAGUGAGAGAGAAGACCGACAAAUGGAAAUCAAUUGGACCUGGAAGUAUUGGGGUGGUGCAAGGAUUAAGUUUUGAAGGGGAUGAAUGGAAUGGAAGAGUUUGUGUGCUGUUCUGUGGUGAGCAAGAAAGUUGGGUUGGCCCUAUUACCCAAUUAGACAGGGUGGAUCGGUUAAUGGUCGGACAGAAGGUUCGGGUUAAAUCAUCCAUAAGUCAACCGAGAUUCGGUUGGUCAGUCCACAAUCGUUCAAGUGUUGGAAUGAUAUCGGCUAUUGAUGCUGAUGGAAAGCUCAAGAUAUAUACUGCGGCUGGGUCUAAAGCUUGGAUGCUAGAUCCAGCUGAAGUAGAGCUAGUACAAGAUGAGGAAUUUCAUGUCAGAGACUGGGUUCGGGUCAAGGCAUCUGUUUCGACACCGACCUAUCAAUGGGGCGAGGUGACUCAUUCGAGCAUCGGGGUGGUUCAUCGCGAGGAAAAUGGAGAACUUUUCGUUGCAUUCUGCUUCAUGGAGAAGAAGCUGUGGGUUUGCAAGGCAUGGGAAAUGGAACGGGUGAGGCCAUUCAAGAUCGGAGACAAAGUGAGGAUUAGAGAAGGGCUUGUCAAACCUCGUUGGGAAUGGGGAAUGGAGACUCAUGCAAGCAAGGGCCAAGUGGUCGGAGUCGACGCAAAUGGGAAGUUGCAGAUUAAGUUUCGAUGGAGAGAGGGCAGACUGUGGAUCGGAGAUCCUGCUGACGUUGUUCUUGACGAUAACUAACACGACGAGGAUCCUUUGCCAUACCCUCCACAUCUAAGUUGGCUCAUGAGCCUAAUGGCUUCAACUCCUCCCAUUAGCUCCAUUUUCGCUGCAAAACCGAAACUGUUACCACCAUCACCACACUAGGCUAACAAAACAUCCUGGUUAUGAAUGUAAGUUGCACGGUACCGCAUGUCGUUAAUAGGGCAGGAUGUACAGUGGGUAAAUGGAGGAGUCCGAAGGGAUGGACUUUGUAAUCGUAGGAAACACAAGGAGAGCUAUGCUGCAGAUCUACCCUUGUUUAGUAAACGAUAUUUAUAGCAUCAGAUAACCUUACGAGUUUCGGAUAUAUAUAUAUAUGUAUGUAUGUAUAACACACGAUUAUUAUGAGUAUUGUACAAAUAAUAUAUUUAGUUAUAAAAAUUCUGAACAUUAA